UUCCCUUGUUUUGUAAAGAAAACAAAAAGGGAUCCCUUAGAAAGAGAGAAAGAAAAGCUGCCCUUGAGUUGGUUGCCUUUGCUGCUGGCUUUGAAGACAUGUAAAGUAGUGAGUGAGUGAGUGAGUGAGUGAGUGAGUAAAAAUCUAAUCCCAUUACUUCACUAUGAAAAGAUCCCAUCUCUACUUAGCUUCUCUUCUAACCCUUUUGGUUGCUUUCACAUUUCAAUUUGAAGCUCAAGCUGCUCCUUCAGGGCCAUUCAUUAACUACUUGUCUUCUUUUCUCAAAUGGUCAUCCUCCAAAACACAUCAAUCAGAUGGGAAUCUUCUUCAAUAUGAAGAUGGGUAUUUGGUGGAGACUGUUGUCCAAGGAAAUGAAAUUGGAGUGCUGCCCUACAAAAUCCGCGUCUCUCAGGAUGGCGAAUUAUAUGCUGUUGAUCAACUCAGUAGCAACAUUGUAAAAAUUACGCCACCGUUGUCCCAAUAUAGUAGGGCGAGAUUGGUGGCCGGGUCGUUUCAGGGUUAUACAGGACAUGUGGAUGGAAAAGCCAAUGAAGCUCGUUUCAAUCAUCCUAAAGGUGUAACCAUGGAUAAUAAAGGGAAUGUGUAUGUUGCUGAUACCUUGAAUCUUGCCAUCAGAAAGAUUGGAGAUGCCGGUGUGACAACUAUUGCUGGUGGGAAAUCAAACAGUGCUGGCUACAGGGAUGGACCCAGUGAGGAUGCUAAAUUCUCAACUGAUUUUGAUGUAGUUUAUGUUCAUUCCACAUGCUCCCUAUUAGUUGUUGAUAGAGGAAAUGCCGCUCUUCGACAGAUCUCUCUCUACCAAGAAGAUUGUGAUCAUCAGUCCAGUUCACUUACUUUCACAGAUCUCCUUAUGGUUGUUGGGGCUGUUUUUGCUGGCUACUUUGCUUGCAUGCUUCAGCAGGGAUUUGGGUCUUCUUUCUUCUGCAAAACGGAACAGUAUUCAGAGAGUGAAUUUGAAUCGACUCCUCCGAUACAAGGUAUGAAAGAAGAAGCUGGGUGGCCAUCUUUUGGACAGCUGAUGGUUGAUCUGUGUAAGCUUGCACUUGAGGCAUUGGCUAAUAUGUUCCUCUACUUGAUCCCUUCAUGGGGUAGAUCCAGGAAAGGUCUUACCCCAUUAAAAGAUAAGCUAAGGAUGCCUGAAGAUGAAGUCCAGAGGCAGACUCUAUCCGAAACCCGGCAGAGUAUCCAUGCUUCCGUACAAAGUGAUACAUAUUCAGAAAUAAAACCGCCAAAGAUCAAGUCAGCCACUUCUUUAUCAACCAAAUACAGAUCCUCAAAACGCGCUGAGUUUUACGGAUCAGGUGAGGUGCCUUCUUCUGGUAGGUCCAAGGGCCAUCGAGAGAAAACUAGGCAUCGCCAACGCGAUAAGAGUGGAGAGGUAGUUUCUGGGAUAGAACAAAAACAUGUUGAUUAUGAGAACCCAAAAUUUGACCAUUACAAUAUGAGAAGCAAGCAUGGAUCUGACAAUUCCUACCAAUUUUGAUCCACUGCUUCAUUAUCCAUGUACAAUUUUCUUUUCCUUUUGUAUCCUAUAUUAGCAUUUAAGUUUUAUUACAUCUGCUACAUAGCAUAUAUGUAUUGUAAUAGUUUUCAUGCAUGAAUGCGAGCAUGUGUGGAUAUGAAAAUUCAUGGUACAACCAGAGAGAAAUUUGUAGCUCAUGCCAUUUGAAGUUGAAAAGGUAAGGAGAGUGCAAGGGAUCCAAAUUGAAACCAA